AAUCUACAAAGCAAAGAGCAAAAUGCAGAAAAUGAAGACAUCAAAAAACCCCAUUUUACCCUCCUGCCUUCUUCUCUUCGCAUUUGCUUGCAUAUGCAUCUUCAACUUUUCCGUCGCCGCCGACCCGGUGCUCGACACCGGCGGCCAGGCUCUCCACUCCGGCGUCAACUACUACGUCGUAUCUGCAGGGAGCGGCCUCAAGCCAGCCAAGGGCGAAAACAACACCUGCCCUUUUCAGGUCGUCCAGGCACUCGCCGCCGGCGACAUGGGACUCCCACUCCGGAUUUCGCCCGUGAAUUCCACCGGCGGUGCGGUCCAAGAGAACGCCGACGUGACAGUGGAAUUUGUGGCGUCGAAUCUCGCGUCGGGGUGCCCCCAGUCGAGGGUGUGGUUGGUCCAAAAUCUUUUCGUGACGACGGGGGGAGAUGGGAAGGGAAGCGGGGCAAGCUUAUUCACGAUCGUGAAGUACGAGGAUGGGUACGCGUUUCAGUUCUGUCCGAGAGCCGCAGGUUGCUCGGUCGUGUGCCCCAGGCUUCAGUGUGGAUACAUUGGUGUGGAGAUGGUCGACGGCGCAAGGCGUUUGGCUUUCAACCGUCCGCCAUUGAAGAUAGUAUUCCAAAAGGCUUAGCUUGAAAUACUACUAUACGUACUCCUUAUUUAGUGGCUUUAAUAACGUACUCCUACAGUCCUACUGGAUGGAUUACAUAUUCAUAUCAAUAAAGACUUUAUGUGUAGUUUAUGAUAUUAUAUAUUCAUGGAAAAUAUGCUUAUGCUUUGGAUGAGAGUAAGGAAUGAAUGAAUUAAUUUGAUGAAUAA